UAGAGCUAAAAUAGAAGGAUAAUGAUUACGUUCAAGGAUACCAUAGAGGUUGUUGUGUUUGACAUUGAAGGGACAAUCUGCCCAAUCACCUUUGUCAAAGACACGUUGUUUCCGUACUUUUUGGAGCAGGCACCAUCGUAUUUAUCCAAAUUGAAAUAUCCUCUUGAUUCGAAAUCCGAUGAUCAAAUCACCAAGAUUCUAUCCGAAUUUGCUAAUGAAGUCACUGAAAGUGAAGAGAAAUUAUCUUCUCACAUCAAGCAUCUUGUGGAUACUGACCAAAAAGUUGCCCCAUUGAAAUCGUUCCAAGGGUUGGUUUGGAAGCUAGGCUACGAACUGGGUGAAUUGAAGGCACCAUUGUACGACGAUGCAUUAGAAUUCUUCAACCAACCACCGCCACUGGUUCAAAAUACUUAUAUUUACUCCUCGGGUAGUAUUGCAGCUCAAAAAUUAUUGUUUAAGUACGUUAAGAAUGGGGAUGAGUCGAUUGACUUGAAUCCAAAACUUUCUGGUUACUUUGAUAUCACUACUGCCGGUUAUAAACAAGAACAGUCUUCUUAUGAGAAGAUCUUACAAGAUAUCAAGUAUGAUGACAAGCCUUCUAAAGUAUUAUUCUUGAGCGAUAAUGUUAAUGAGGUUAAUGCAGCAUUGAAUGCUGGUCUUAAUAGUGUCAUUGUUGUUAAGCCAGGUAAUGCACCUUUGAGUGAAGAAGAUGAGCAAAAGCAUUCCAUUAUAAAAAGUUUAAAUGAGUUAAGUUUUUAAAUAAUAAAUAAAUAGAUAUACUACACCAGAU